AUGCAUCGGGCAGUGGACCCUGCAGGGGCCCGCGCUGCACGGGAAGCCUUUGCCCUUGGGGGCUUGAGCUGUGCUGGGGCCUGGAGCUCCUGCCCGCCCCAUCCCCCUCCUCGGAGCGCAUGGCUGCCUGGAGGCAGGUGCUCUGCCAGCAUCGGGCAGCCCCCACUCCCUGCUCCCCUACCUCCUUCACACGGCAGUAGCUCUGGCCACCCCAACAAACCGUAUUAUGCUCCAGGGACACCCACCCCAAGACCCCUCCAUGGGAAGCUGGAAUCCCUGCAUGGCUGUGUGCAGGCAUUGCUCCGGGAGCCGGCCCAGCCAGGGCUGUGGGAGCAGCUUGGGCAGCUGUACGAGUCAGAGCACGACAGUGAGGAGGCUAUACGCUGCUACCACAGCGCCCUUCGAUACGGAGGAAGCUUGGCUGAGCUGGGGCCCCGCGUCGGCCGACUACAGCAGGCCCAGCUCUGGAACUUUCAUGCCGGCUCCUGCCAGCACCGACCCAAGGUCCUGCCUCCCCUGGAGCAAGUGUGGAACUUGUUGCACCUUGAGCACAAACGGAACUAUGGGGCCAAGCGGGGGGGUCCCCCCGUGAAGCGAGCCGCCGAACCCCCGGUGGUGCAGCCUGUGCCUCCUGCAGCACUCUCAGGCCCCUCGGGGGAGGAGGGCCUCAGCCCUGGAGGCAAACGCAGGAGAGGCUGCAACUCUGAGCAGACUGGCCUUCCCCCAGGGCUGCCACUGCCUCCACCACCAUUACCCCCAGCCCCACCCCCGCCUGGCCUAGCCACCAGCCCUCCAUUCCAGCUGACCAAGCCAGGGCUGUGGAGUACCCCGCAUGGAGAUGCAUGGGGCCCCGAGCGCAAGGGUUCAGCACCCCCAGAGCGCCAGGAGCAGCGGCACUCGCUGCCUCACCCAUAUCCAUACCCAGCUCCAGCCUACCCUGUGCACCCCCCCGGCCACCGGCUGGUCCCGGCUGCACCCCCAGGCCCCCGCCCCCCAGGAGCAGAGAGCCAUGGCUGCCCGCUUGCCACCCGUCCCCCCGGAAGUGACCUUAGAGAGAGCAGAGUUCAGAGGUCGCGGAUGGACUCCAGCGUUUCACCAGCAGCAACCACCGCCUGCGUGCCUUACGCCCCUUCCCGGCCCCCUGGCCCCCCCGGCACCACCACCAGCAGCAGUAGCAGCAGCAGCAACCCUGGUCUCCGGGGCGUGGAGCUGAGCCCAGGCAUUCCCGGUGCUGACCAUUACCAAACUCCCGCGCUGGAGGUCUCCUCUCACCAAGGCCGCCUUGGGCCCUCAGCACACAGUAGUCGGAAACCAUUCCUGGCGGCUCCCGCUGCCACUCCCCACCUGUCCCUGCCACCCGGCCCCUCCUCACCUCCUCCCCCUCCUUGUCCCCGCCUCUUACGCCCUCCACCGCCCCCUGCCUGGCUGAAGGGCCCAGCCUGCCGAGCAGCCCGUGAGGAUGGAGAGAUCUUAGAUGAGCUCUUCUUCGGGGCUGAGGGACGCCCCCGCCCUCCCCCGCCACCCCUCCCCCACCGCGAGGGCUUCUUGGGACCUCCGGCCCCCCGCUUUUCUGUGGGCACUCAGGAUUCGCACACCCCUCCCGCUCCCCCAACCACCAGCAGCAGCAACAGUGGCAGCCACAGCAGCAGCCCUACUGGGCCUGUGUUCCCUACCCCUUCCUAUCUGGCCAGAAGUAUGGACCCCCUUCCCCGGCCCCCCAGCCCAACACUGAGCCCCCAGGACCCACCUCUUGCACCCCUGACUCUUGCCCUGCCUCCAGCCCCUCCCUCCUCUUGCCACCAGAAUACCUCAGGAAGCUUCAGGCACCCGGAGAGCCCUCAGCCCAGGGUCUCCUUCCCAAAGACCCCCGAGGGGGGGCCGGGGCCACCCCCAGGCCCCCUGAAUAAAGCCCCCCAGCCUGUGCCGCCCAGGGUUGGGGAGCUGCCUGCCCGAGGCCCUCGACUCUUUGAUUUCCCCCCUACCCCACUGGAGGACCAGUUUGAGGAGCCAGCUGAAUUCAAGAUCCUACCUGAUGGGCUGGCCAACAUCAUGAAGAUGCUGGAUGAAUCCAUUCGCAAGGAGGAGGAGCAGCAACGACACGAGGCAGGUGUGGUCCCCCCGCCUCCUCUGAAGGAGCCCUUUACAUCUCUGCAGCCUCCAUUCCCCACUGACACAGCCCCAGCCACCACUGCUGCCACCGCCGCCGCCGCCACCACCCCGGCCACCCAGGAAGAGGAGAAGAAGCCACCACCAGCCCUGCCACCACCGCCGCCUCUAGCCAAGUUCCCGCCACCACCCCAGCCACCGCCAACUGCGCGAGCCCCACCAGCCAGCCCGGCCAACUUGCUCAAGUCCUUGGCCUCCGUGCUGGAAGGACAAAAGUACUGUUACCGGGGGACUGGAGCAGCUGUUCCCACCCGGCCUGGGCCCUUGCCCACCACUCAGUAUUCCCCCAGUUCCUCUUCAGGUGCUACCGCCCCACCGCCCACCUCCGUGGCCCUGAGCGCCCAGGGCUCCCCACAGCCCUCCGCUUCCUCGUCAUCUCAGUUCUCUACCUCAGGCGGGCCCUGGGCCCGGGAGCGCAGGGCGGGCGAAGAGCCAGCCCCGGGCCCCAUGACCCCCGCCCCCCCGCCCCCACCCCUGCCGCUGCCCCCUGCUCGUUCUGAGUCUGAGGUGCUAGAAGAGAUAAGUCGGGCCUGUGAGACCCUUGUGGAGCGGGUGGGCCGGAGCACCGCAGACCCGGCCGACCCAGUGGACACGGGAGAUCGAGCGGACAGCGGGACUGAGCGACUGCAGCCCCCAGCUCAGGCCAAGGAGGAGAGCGGUGGGGUGGCGGCCACGGCACGACCGGGGAGCAGCAAGCGGCGGCAGAAGGAGCACCGGCGGCACCGGCGGGCCUGUAAGGACAGUGUGGGUCGGCGGCCCCGGGAGGGCAGGGCCAAGGCCAAGGCCAAGGCCCCCAAAGAAAAGAGCCGCCGAGUGCUGGGGAACCUGGACCUGCAGAGCGAGGAGAUCCAGGGUCGUGAGAAGGCCCGGCCGGAUCUGGGCGGGGCCUCCAAGGCCAAGCCGCCUGUAGCUCCGGGCCCUCCGCCAGCUCCUGCACCCUCUGUCCAGCCCACACCCCCGGCAGCCCCUGUCCCUGGGAAGAAGGCUCGGGAGGAAGCUCCGGGGCCACUGGGUGUCAGCCGGGCUGACAUGCUGAAGCUGCGCUCACUUAGUGAAGGGCCCCCCAAGGAGCUGAAGAUCCGGCUCAUCAAAGUAGAAAGUGGUGACAAGGAGACCUUCAUCGCCUCGGAGGUGGAAGAGAAUGCCAAGGUGAAAGGGAAGUUUCGAGAGUCCUACCUUUCCCCUGCCCAGUCUGUGAAACCGAAGAUCAACUCGGAGGAGAAGCUGCCCCGGGAAAAACUGAACCCGCCCACACCCAGCAUCUAUCUGGAGAGUAAACGGGAUGCCUUCUCGCCCGUGCUGCUGCAGUUCUGUACAGACCCUCGAAAUCCCAUCACCGUGAUCCGGGGCCUGGCAGGCUCCCUGCGGCUCAACUUGGGCCUCUUCUCCACCAAGACGCUGGUGGAGGCCAGUGGUGAGCACACGGUGGAGGUGCGCACCCAGGUGCAGCAGCCCUCAGAUGAGAACUGGGACCUGACAGGCACGCGACAGAUUUGGCCCUGCGAGAGCUCCCGUUCCCACACCACCAUUGCCAAGUACGCACAGUACCAGGCCUCAUCCUUCCAAGAGUCCCUGCAGGAGGAGAAGGAGAGUGAGGACGAGGAGUCCGAGGAGCCGGACAGCACCACGGGAACCCCUCCUAGCAGCGCACCGGAUCCGAAGAACCAUCACAUCAUCAAGUUUGGCACCAACAUCGACCUGUCCGAUGCCAAGCGGUGGAAGCCCCAGCUGCAGGAGCUGCUGAAGCUGCCCGCCUUCAUGCGGGUAACCUCCACGGGCAACAUGCUGAGCCACGUGGGCCACACCAUCCUGGGCAUGAACACAGUGCAGCUGUACAUGAAGGUCCCAGGCAGCCGAACGCCAGGCCAUCAAGAGAACAACAACUUCUGCUCGGUCAACAUCAACAUUGGCCCAGGAGACUGCGAGUGGUUCGCGGUGCACGAGCACUACUGGGAGACCAUCAGCGCUUUCUGCGACCGGCAUGGCGUGGACUACCUGACGGGUUCCUGGUGGCCAAUCCUGGAUGACCUCUAUGCUUCCAACAUCCCUGUGUACCGCUUCGUGCAGCGCCCCGGAGACCUUGUGUGGAUUAAUGCGGGGACCGUGCACUGGGUGCAGGCCACCGGCUGGUGCAACAACAUCGCCUGGAACGUGGGGCCCCUCACCGCCUAUCAGUACCAGCUGGCCCUGGAACGAUACGAGUGGAACGAGGUGAAGAACGUCAAAUCCAUCGUGCCCAUGAUUCACGUGUCCUGGAACGUGGCUCGCACGGUCAAAAUCAGCGACCCCGACUUGUUCAAGAUGAUCAAGUUCUGCCUCCUGCAGUCCAUGAAGCACUGCCAGGUGCAGCGGGAGAGCCUGGUGCGGGCCGGGAAGAAAAUCGCCUACCAGGGCCGGGUCAAGGACGAGCCCGCCUACUACUGCAACGAGUGCGACGUGGAGGUGUUCAACAUCCUGUUCGUGACGAGUGAGAACGGCAGCCGAAACACGUACCUGGUGCACUGCGAGGCCUGUGCGCGGCGCCGCAGCGCAGGCCUGCAGGGCGUGGUGGUGCUGGAGCAGUAUCGCACGGAGGAGCUGGCGCAGGCCUACGACGCCUUCACGCUGGCCCCGGCCAGCACGUCGCGAUGA